AUGGCGCCUCCAAGUCACGAGGUGAAUGACGGUGACAGCUUGCCUCAGAAAGGUCUUGAGAUCCCGAGAAAUCCAUCUUUCCAAAGACACGGGCACCCCAACGAGCGCUGCAGCACCACCUACAAGAGCAACACUGAUAAACAGCAAAACCUCACCAACAGAUUAAGGCUCCAACAAGGUGUGCUCCGUAUGUACGAUGGACUACCGCUCGGGCAUAUCAAAACAACACUAAAUGAGGAAAUUGUGCCCCUGGGAGCUCAUCGGGCCUACCUGGGUGCUCACGGUAGAAAUGGCUCAUGA